AUAUCGACGUAAGUUUGCAUAACUUAUGUUUUUUUUUAUAAGCUUAUGUGUAUAAUGUUGUUGGCUACUAGUUUAUACACAUAGCUGCAUAGUUUUACAGUUGCAUAGCUACAUAGCUACAAAGCUAGAUAGAUACAUAACAUUUUACUAUAAAGUGAAUAUAACUAUAAUCUAAAAAAUAAAUAACAAGUUUUAUAUAAAGAUUGCAAUGGUUCAAACAGUUAUUGCGACACAAAAUGAUAUUGACAAUAUAUUGAGAUGCACUAACGAUGCAUUUAUGGCGGAUGCUUUCUUCAAAAAGCCAGAAUAUCACCAUCGAUUCACAAGGGAAAAUGUUAUAUCUAAAAUGUCUCAUAAAGAUUCAGUUUUUAUUCUUGCGCGCGAUGGCAUGGCAAGCGAAAACUCUAACAACGAAGUCAUUGGCAGCAUAUAUUUAAAUUGGAUUACUAAGACAGAGUGGGUUGUUGUUGAUAACAGUUCUAUUCCUAAGGUUACCCUGAUUGGAACAUUUUCGGCUGUUUCUGUGCCAUCAAAAUAUGGCAAACGUGGCAUUGGUAAAACAUUAGUUGCUUCUGCUGAAAAUUACUUACUUGAAAAUGUUUUUAAAGUAAUCCAGCAUCAAAUGUCAAGCUCCGUUAAUAUUAUUAAUAAUAAUAAUCCACAAUUCGAUGUAGUUAUGGAAAUUGAAGUAGUUAAUUUACGCGUGGAUUUGUUUCCUUGGUAUGAAAAGCAAGGCUAUCAAAUUGUUGAUAAAAUUAAACCCAACGAUGUUGAGUUUACAGUCAAAAUUUUAGAUGGUAUGGAUGUUUUUUUUAUAUUAAUGAGAAAGAAAUUAUUGUAAAUUAGCUUGAGCAUUAUAUUGUUGUUGUAUGAUACAUUAUAAUAUUUAUCAUGCACAUAAAUGUAAAGAAGUAAAAAAUUUAUGUAUAUAUAUAAAAUCAUGUUGAUUGCUUUUGACAUUUAUUAACGUAAGUUUUGUUCACGUAAACUUUUGAUAUAACUAACGGAAUUUUUUAAAAAUGUGUGCAUGUAUAACUUGAUUUGAAAAACUUGUUUGAUUUAAA